GCCAGAAUCAGCAAGCAGCGAAGACUGAAAUUACGCAGUUCUUGACAUAUAAAUAGAAGGGAUAUUUUCUGUCGCUCAUGGAUUUUCACACCUGUUUUUCACUCAUAUCGCCUCUUCACAAGCCUGUAGCAAGUCAGCCUUUCAAAAACAUCGUCAAGAUGGUCUCCCUCUACCAUGCUUCCAUUCCCAUGAUGGUCAAAUACCUAGGUAAUCUCAAGGUUAUUCUUACCAAGGCCGAGAAGCAUUGCGCCGCCAAGAACCUUAACCCAGAAGAGAUGAUUAAGUUCAGACUCAUCGAAGACAUGCGCAGCCUUGACUACCAAGUUCAGUCCGUUUCGAACACGGCAAAAUUCAUUGCCACUCGCCUCGCUCUACAGGAAGACACCUGCUUCCCCGACACCGAGACCACUUUCCCGCAGCUCCAAUCUCGCGUAGACGCCACGAUAUCCAUCCUAUCUAGGAUCGACCCAUCCUCCAUGGACGGGAAAGAAAACGCUGACAUUCUCAUGGAAACUAAGUCAAUGGGCACAUUCCGCUUCACGGGCUACUCGUAUAUUGUUCAGUAUGCCUGCCCCAACUUCCACUUCCACCUCAGCUCCGCGUAUUGCAUUCUCCGUCACUUGGGUGUGCCUCUUACUGCGUUUGAUUAUCUCGACACGCAGCGCGACCUGUUCGUCAAGUUCGAGGCGCCCGCUGCGCCUGCUUCUUGAGGUACCGUACCUGAAGGUGAUGAAGAUACAGGGAAUACCGUCCUUAUGUUGCCUGGACGAUGUUGAACCUGCAGAUCAUGUUUUGAGCAAUAGACAAGAUACUUUCGUAUUCCUGUUUAUAAAUCAGAAAAUGCAUCGUCACUGAAUCCUGUGGAAGUCUUGAAACUCCAAGUUGGAAGAUAAUCCAUGCAUCAAUGUUACUCCAGAGCUCAAUCUCCUUGCUUUCCCGACCUGAAGGACAUCAUAUUUCU